AUGGGAGAAUCCGAUAGGCUUUGCCGGGCAGUAUCAGGAGCUUGUGUUGUGUUAGGGGAUUUUAAUGCCAUAGUUAACAUUGAAGAAAGAGUGGGGCAGGCUGUGAGGGAAAGAGAGAUGGUGGAUCUAAGGUAUUGUAUGGAGAAUUGUCAGUUGAGAGAUAUAAAGGCUACAAGGAGCUUUUAUACCUGGACUAAUAAGCAAGAAGGGUUAAGUAGAGUUUUCUGUAAAUUGGAUAGACCCUUGGGGAAUGAGAAUUGGUUUGAGGAGUGGUCUGAAGUUGAAGCCAAUUUCAUGCCAGAAGGUCUGAAGUUCUUUAAUAUGUGGAGUGCUUUUCCUAGAUUUGAAGAGGUAGUGGGAAGGGUAUGGAAUACUCAAGUUCAUGGCACAAAGAUGUUUCAAAUUGUGAAAAAAUUGAAACUUCUAAAGCCUGAGCUAACAAAUCUGAAAAAGGAAGAGUUUGGGAAGGUGUCAGUUCAGGAUGCUAUCACUUAUCAAGAGAUGAUUCAGGCACAGCAGAAAUUACAAGAAGAUGUAUGCAACAUUGAGUUGGCUGAGAAGGAAAGGAUUUGCAAGCUGAGAUACAAAGAAGCACAUAAGCAUUAUGUUGCUUUUCUGAGUCAGAAGGCUAAAAUCAAGUGGAUUGAAGGAGGAGAUGAAAACACUAGAAUUCUUCAUCAAAGCAUUAAGAUGAGACGCAUACAUAACAGGAUUAAUAUGGUCCAAAAUGGUGAAGGGGAAUGGGUUUCAUCUGCCAAUGAAGUUAAGGAUGCAUUUCUUAAUUUCUAUCAAGAUCUGUUGGGCAGUAGUGAGAAUGUUACAGGGAUGGAGCAAGCUAUUAUAGAGAAAGGAAAAGUAAUCACAAUGGAACAAACUCUGGCUCUGUCCCUAGAAUUCACUGCUGAAGAGAUUAAACAGGCUCUUUUUUCAAUCCCAGAUGGUAAGUCACUAGGUUUAGAUGGCUAUACAAGUCAUUUCUUCAAGAAAACAUGGCAGGUGACAUGA